UCUCUUACCUCUUUUUACCUGUAGGAUAGAAAGAAAGAACUAGUUUAUCUAUGGAAACUUGUUAUUUAUUUAAUGGGAAUUUUCUCCAAUGGUACUCAAUAAUUUGACAGGAGAAACCUGAGGUUAUGUAUUGUCAUUAUUUGUCAAUAUUUAGGUUUAUUUUGCUAUUUAAAAAUAUAAAAUGAGUGAAGAAAAAUCAGGACAUAUUGAUAUCAAUAUUGAAUCAAGUUUCAAAAAUAUUGAUCCUGAAGCAGGAACCCAUGAAAUUAAAGCAGAAAGUAAUAAACAACUGAGAGAAAAUGAAUCAAGUCAGGAGAAAAUCAACAGUGACAAUAUAGAAGGUGUCAAUGAGAAAGUAGCACCAACAAUUACAAAAGAUACCCCACAAACAACAGAUGCGCCAGAGACAUCUGAAACAGGAUAUGAUUCAAAAAAUGUUCACUACGAAGGAGAUAUUGCCAUCUAUACAGAUCCGAGCAGUGGUAGUCAGUACACCUGGGACAAAGAAAAGAACGAAUGGGUACUAAAAAGUAACGAAUCCUAUGGUUUUGAAGACGAUACUCACGUCUAUACUGACGCAGAAGGUGUAAAAUACUUUUGGGACAAAGAAAAAAGUGCGUGGUUUCCAAAAGUAGAUGAUGAUUUCAUGGCAAGGUAUCAGAUGAAUUAUGGAUUCGUAGAUAAUACACAAAUUGAAGUAAAAAAAGAGGAGCCAGUGGUGAAGCUGGAAGAGAAAACUAAAAAGGUCAAGGGGGAAAAACGAAAAGCUUCAGAUCCUACUUGGUUUCAAUUGGACGAAACACAAAACACCAAUGUAUAUGUUUCGAAUUUACCAACAGAUAUUGAUGAACAAGAAUUCGUAGAUUUAAUGCAGAAAUGUGGAUUGGUUAUGAGAGAUCCACAUUCAGGAAAAUUCAGAAUUAAGUUGUAUAAAGAGCCUGGUACAGAUUUAUUAAAAGGCGAUGCCCUAUGUACAUAUAUAAAAAUCGAAUCAGUGGAGCUAUCUUUGCAGGUAUUAGAUGGUUAUAAUUAUAAAGGACAAACUAUUAAAGUAGAAAGAGCAAAAUUUCAAAUGAAGGGUGACUUUGAUCCUUCACUGAAGCCAAAAAUGAAGAAAAAGAAAGACAAAUUGAAACUAAAGAAGCAACAAGAGAAGCUGUUCGACUGGAGGCCAGAAAAGAAACUCGGGGACAGAGCAAAACACGAAAGAGUGGUAAUAGUGAAGAACUUAUUCGAACCAAAAAUAUUUGAUGUCGACGUAGGCCUAAUUUUAGAGUUUCAACAGGACCUAAGGGAGGAGUGUUCGAAGUAUGGCGAGGUGAGGAAGGUGCAGAUAUAUGACAGACAUCCAGAAGGGGUGGCUCAAAUCAAUAUGGGAACCCCGGAAGAGGCUGAACAGGUGGUUCCUUUGUUGAAUGGACGAUGGUUCAUGAAAAGGCAGCUGACUGCGGAAAUUUGGGACGGGAAGACGAAGUAUAAAGUGGCGGAGACUGAUUCGGAGAUAUCGCAAAGGCUGGAUAACUGGGAUAAAUUUUUAGAAGACGAGGAAGUGAAUAAGAAAAGUACUGACGAUACAGAAAAAGGAAAAAGUGAAAGUAAUUCGUAAUUUAUUAAUUAGUUCUAGUUAUACAAUGAAAAAUGUUGAAAUUAAAUAAAUUUACUGUUUUUUUAUUA